GAAGGGAUCUCGGUAGGAGCCUCCACUCGGAUGGUCCGCGUAGUCGCGGUCGCGCCCCCCGUAGCCGUCUCGGUCGCCGUAGCCUCUCGACGGGCAGUCGUCGCGGGCACUGGAGUGGCCGUAAUCGCGGUAUCCAAGGUCCAGGCUCUGCAGGUGUGAGUUGUUCAGAAUAGCAGAAGCCAGAUCCAGACAACACGUACUAGUAAGAACAGCCCAUCAGUCUGCAAGAAGUACAAAAGAGCUUUUUUCUCCUUUUCGCUGUCAUCCUGGUGUGUGGUAGACCGUUCCUCGCCAUGUCUUCUCACAAGACUUUCAGAAUCAAGAGAUUCCUGGCCAAGAAACAAAAGCAGAAUCGUCCCAUUCCCCAGUGGAUUCAGAUGAAAACUGGUAAUAAAAUUAGGUACAACUCCAAGAGGCGUCACUGGAGAAGAACCAAGCUGGGUCUGUAAGGCAUCACACUUCAUGAGAUGGCACACGUGUUUAAGCUGCAUGAAGAUCACAUGUUCCUUUUUCUCCCCACGUGUUCCUAUUCUAUCACUCUGUAAACAUCCCUCCUACCUGGCCAAUACACGUUUUAUCAGGGAAAUGAUUUUUCUCUGUUACUAUGCCUCUACCCCAGUAAGUUGGUUCAGUAAUAAAUGUGAGACC